CACAGGCAGACCAGUGAGCAUGAAUUUUAAACAUGGAUCAGUCAUUUGUAAACGUCAAUGGACAGGGGAUAAGACAAUGACGUUGACGGGUUACAGAUACUUGGACAAAAUCAACUGAACUCCGAAACAACAGUUUUAAAGGCGUUCUAACUUCUGUUGUGAAUAUGUUGAUUCAGCUCACAUUCAGGAUGAAGAUUUCAAUCAUGUUUGAUACGCUUCAUUUUUGUAGAUACCAUGCCUAAUGCAUCUACUGUAUUUCUUAUUGGGAAAUAUUAACGACAGCCUAUAAUGUAACUAAAUAUUUGUUUAAAAUGAGUAACAACACUGUGACCGGGAGGAUCAUGAUCCCGACUAUACCGUCCAUCAUGUUUAUUUUCGGUGUGGUGGGAAAUGUCAUUGCCAUCGUGGUACUCUGCAAAUCCAGGAAAGAACAGAAGGAGACCACGUUCUACACGCUGGUAUGCGGUCUGGCGGUUACAGACCUUUUGGGGACACUCCUAGCCAGUCCCGUCACCAUCGCAACCUAUGUGAAAGGCUCGUGGCCAGGCGGGGAACCACUGUGCCAGUAUUUUGGAUUCAUCAUGCUUUUCUUCUCUCUAGCGGGGCUCAGCAUUAUAUGCGCUAUGUCCGUGGAGAGAUACUUGGCGAUAAACCACGCGUAUUUCUACAACGACUAUGUGGAUCAGAGACUGGCGGGCAUGACGCUUCUGGCUAUUUACAUUUCCAACGUGCUUUUCUGCGCUCUACCUAGCAUGGGUCUGGGACAAGUCAAAAAGCAGUACCCACAAACCUGGUGCUUCAUAGAGUGGCGGAGCAACGUGAGGACCGAUGCCGCCUUUUCAUAUAUGUACGCAGGGUUCAGUUCGAUUCUAAUUCUAGCCACAGUUAUCUGUAACGUUCUGGUAUGCGGUGCUCUGAUUCGAAUGCACCGGCGGUUUGUCCGGAAGAUGUCAUUGUGGACAGACCCCGGACGAAACACAGACCCGAGAAGGAGACGCAGCUUCGGGCAUCUGGCCGGCGCAGAGAUCCAGAUGGUGAUUGUACUCAUUUGUACCUCAGCGGUGGUGCUUAUAUGCUCCAUUCCACUUGUUGUGCAAGUGUUUCUUAACCAGAUUUAUAAGACUCCGGUGGAGCUGAGACUGGAGAAGAACCCAGAUCUACGGGCGAUCCGUUUCGCCUCAUUCAACCCCAUCCUGGACCCCUGGAUCUACAUCCUCCUCCGCAAGGCCGUGCUCCUCAAGCUCAUUGAGCAGAUCAAGUGUCUGUUCUGUAAGAUAGGAGCACAGAGACAGCAGAGACAGGGAGCACAGAACUGCCACUGCAUUGAUGAACACCAGCUCCACUCCAUCAUCUCUUCACAAGAGUUCCCGUCUUUGGUGUCCCGUGAGCUGAAGGAGGUGUCCAGCACCUCUCAGGUCAUCCUCUACCUUCCUGAUGGAAGCUGUCAUCACACAGGAGAGCAGGUUGGGCUACGCAAUUCCUCUGUCCAAGACCCCCAAAGUUCUUAUUUGUCAGAACAGAUAAGUACAAAGGAUGGGAGGAGAGAGGUGACAAACCUAACCAGGGACCCCUCUGGUGUGGGAGGACAGACCACUCAGUCAUGUGUGAAAGAACAGGCUCUUCAUGUGUUGCUAAGUAAUGAGACGGUACAGGAGAAAUGCAUAUAGAUCUUGUGUAUUUGGAAUCCCAUGAACGGUUACUUCAACAGCUUCCCUAAGACUCAUAUUAUUGUGACGUUUCUGUGAGUCAGAGGGAUGUCCACACAUACAUUGACGACACUGCCUUCAAACUGCCCAAGAUGGCUUUUCAGGCAGCUUCUGCUCUCCUAAGGGACUUAUUCGGUUAGCGGAAGUGUUCGUGCCAACAGAAAUAGAUUGGCUCCCAGGAUGACUCAUUUGACAUCCUCUAAAGACGAGGAAUGGCACAUUUAAACAAUGUUGAAAAGCUUUUGGUAAGCCAGACAGGAGGAAGGACAAACAAGAGAAAGACAACUGUGAGAGAGAGAGGGGAUGUCUGUUCCACUUUGAUGUCAAGCUACCUCGACCAGAAACAUCGAUGUUUGUUUGUUUUUCCUGUCUUCUCGCACAGGUCAGAGAGCAAGGCAGUAAGAGCAGAGCAGCUUCUCCAUGGCCUAAAGGGGCAUUGGCUGUACACUGUAGCUAAACAGUUUAACACUAGCUUCUUUCAAUCAUUGUACAAACUAUGAGUUAGUAUUUAGAGUAUUUAAGCUACAAUGAUUGAGAUGUACAGAAUAGUUAUUAUGAUUCAUUGAAAGGAAUGUAGUAUAGGUCCUGUCAUUACGUGCCAAACUGCCAUGAUAACACCAAGGAAAAGUCAGUUCUCACAAAACGAAUGUCUGUAGAAGGUUUGCUGUUCAGAGAUGCACUUCACUUGACUGUUUUGCAUCACAUAAUAGCUUUAGAGAGUUAAUGUAUAGUGCAGUAUUGUGUGUAGUAACAUCAUCCAUGUGUUGUCCUUCAGGUGAGUGAAAUGAGUUGUGCCAACAUGCAGGGUAGUUUGCCAAACUCUGUAUAUGUAUUUCUAUUACUCUGGUACCAGUUUCUGAACGUUUGUCAGAUUAUCAGUAAUUCACCUAAGUAUUGUCAUUGUCAUUAUUUAGUGACUUACGCAAUCAGCCUGGUCUCAUAUGCUAGUAUACAUAAACCAGGGACACCAGAUUAGUAUGACAUGUUAUGUUUGGUAUGAUUACAUAAGACAGAAGGUUACUUAAGGAAAAAUGAAAGGAGGGCGGUUAGUCUGCGUAUAAAGCGAAUGUCUAGCGCGAACGUCUAGCAACCCAAAGGUUGCGCGUGCGAUUUUCAUCACGGACAACUUUAGCAUUUUAGAUAAUUAGCAACUUUGCACCUACUUAGUAUGUUAACUAACCUUUCCCCUAACCCUAAUUUUAACCUAACUCAUAAACUUAACCCCUAGCCGAGCUAACAUUAGCCAGCUACCUGAGAUCAGGUUGAUGUAAUUUCUUCACUAUGAGAAGUUUCAAGUAAUUCAAUCCCACCAUGAAAUGUUACAAUAGCAUAAUAUGAAAGGUCCUUGUCAAUUUUUAAAUAUUAUGUUCUGCCAUAUCUGUAAACCCCCUAAAAUGACAGAUGUUUUUCAUUUUAAAUCCAAAUUGCUUUUAUUUGAUCCACCCUAUAGAAUAUUAAUUUAAGCAAUACAUUCUAAAAAUGAAUUCAAUUGAUUAACAUUAAUUGAGACCCAUCUAUUGUCUUCAAGGAUUUGUGCAUGACUCCAUUUCCUUUGGACCACCUAUGAGACUGAACGUGUGUAUGUGCAAAACAUCACGCACAAGAGUCAGUGUCAUGCAGUGUGUGUGUGUGUGUCAUUAAACUACAUGUCAUCUAAGAACAAGCGGAAAUCAUUUAUGUAAGCAGGAAGGUUCUCAGACUCAGAUUCCUGACAGAGUUUAGAGGUCAUAUUGUGACCCUGUUAGCACACAGAUGCUACUGAAAGGUACAGGCCACUGCUUUCCAAGUUUACACAAGUAUAAUUGGCUAAACAAACCCUAACGAACUUGGGUCCAAGGCUGUUAACGAUGAAUUCAAGUUCAAACACGCAAAAAGAAUCCCAGAUCUACUAGUUAGUAACUGCAAACACACACACACACGCACAAAAUAUUGUGAUGAGCAGAAGGCAGACUUCCCAUAAAUUGAAUGAGGCAGCAUCUUUCAUAAAACAACAAGCGUCUAUGGCUCCUAUUCAACAUGAUUCAAGGUCCAGUGCAGUCAACAUUGAGUUUUUCCUGAUAUCAUAAUGUACAUCACCUGAUGAAAUUAACACUGUAAAAAGGUGUGAUUUAAAAAAAAUCAGUGUUAUUUACUGAGAGUGUCACGUUCGUCGUAAGGAUGAGACCAAGGUGCAGCAUGGUAGGCCUACAUUAUUACUUUUAAUGAAUGAACACCGAACAAAAACAACAAAACAAACAAACGAAAUGUGAAGCUACACAACUAGUUCUGACAGGCAACUUAACAUAGACGAGAUCCCACACCAGAAAGUGGGAAAAAGGUCUGCCGAAAUAUGAUCCCCAAUCAGAGACAACGAUAAACAGCUGUCUCUGAUUGGGAACCAUAUCAGGCCAACAUAGACAUACAAAACCCCUAGACAUACAAAAAACCCUAGACAUACAAAAAACCUAGACAACCCACCCUAGUCACGCCCUGACCUAACCAAAAUAUAUAGAAAACAGAGAUAUCUAAGGUCAGCGCGUGACAGAUAGUUGCUGGUUGAAAAUGCAAUCGACACAGGACCUUCUAAUCAGCAGGUUUGCAUGGGCGGGAGUUUCGACUUUCCAUGGUGACAUUACUAUGCAGCAAAUUGGUUAAUUGACCAAUAACAAAGAUAGUUCCAAACCUCUCUGCCAAUAAUAGCUAGUCUUCAGUUUUCCUCUCCCUACUCUUGCUGGUUAAGGGCUUGUAAGUAAGCAUUUCACGGUAAGAUAUACACCUGUUGUAUUCGGGUGCAUGUGACAAAUAACAUUUGAUUUGACUCAGACCACUCCCAGACAGUCCCAGCAAAAUUCUUGCUUGAGAAAUAGUUUUUUGCUAAAAAUAUAUUUUUGUCCCUAAUGGAAAUCUAUUACAGUAAGGUACUUAAUUACUACCCAUGAAGGAUUUGUAUUGAUAUAGAAAUGACUGCAUUGGGCCUUUAAACUUGAACUAGCAAUGCUUUGACAAAUAUGCUGAGAAUGGGAUACCAACACAGAGUGUGUGAGAGCAACCAACCUCAACAUGAGUAACCACAACAGCCACGUGAUGUGUGGUGGAGAGAGCAGAUAAACUGUGAAAGGCUGUAAUUUUUCAAAACACGCUGUUGCAUGGAGUACUUCCAAAGAGACAAUAGGGCUUGUUCACUGCAGUAAUUGUCUUGUAUAUUGACCCAGGUCUGAUUGCAACCUUACAUGACGUGACACACACUUUUACCAAAUGUGUUUAUGCCUCUUCCACAAACUACACUUUCAUAAGAUAGAGCCAGUAGAUGCUCAUGGACACUCUUAAUGAACAAAAAUGGGCAUAGAGUUGGCGAGCAAGUUCAUAAGCUAUUAGGUUUCAGGGUCUGGGUUGAGCUAGUGGCCACACUUCCGUCCAGUCUACAUUUCCGUCCAUUCUCCUGUAACAUGGCCAUAUAAUGUCAGUAACUACACAUAUGUUGCCGUUCUGUGCUGCGCAUCACAUUACAGGAACAAGGAAACAUAAAGCUGCUUUAAGUCAACAGGACGCACGCCAACAUCAAUUCUCUGUCCUGUGUCUCCUGGGGGCUAUGACACUGACUGCUCAGCAUCAGGGCACAUCUGCUGUCAGCUACAGAUGAACAGGACAGUAGACCACUACGUCAUGAUUAUUAUAGCAUUAUACAUGACAGAGACCAGAAACUAUGGAAUGGUAGAGAUGAUAAACCCGCAGUAAUGUGCAUAAGAUGUCUUUGUCAGGUAGUGGGGAGAAAAGACAAAUCUAAUGUAAAGAGGAAGACCAGGCAAUGGUUGAAACCUUGUAAAAACAACACAUUUUUCUCAGGGUACAGGUGGUAAUGGUUUAUAACAGUGUCAUUCAUUUUAGGCACGUAAAAUCUGUAAAUAAUUAGUAUUUCACCAAUUGAGGCACUCAUUCAGUGCUGUAGCCGGAGCCAUACAGUGUUAGCAGACCGGGAGUCUAAGGCACUGCAUCUCAGUGCUGUAGUCGAAGCCAUACAGUGUUAGCAGACCAGGGGUCUAAGGCACUGCCUCUCAGUGCUGUAGCCGAAGCCAUACAGUGUUAGCAGAUCAGGGUUCUAAGGCACUGCCUCUCAGUGCUGUAGCCAAAGCCAUACAGUGUUAGCAGACCAGGGGUCUAAGGCACUGCAUCUCAGUGCUGUAGUCGAAGCCAUACAGUGUUAGCAGACCAGGGGUCUAAGGCACUGCCUCUCAGUGCUGUAGUCGAAGCCAUACAGUGUUAGCAGACCAGGGGUCUAAGGCACUGCAUCUCAGUGCUGUAGUCGAAGCCAUACAGUGUUAGCAGACGCGGGAGAAGAUGAUCUAAAGAGCUUCAGGAAUUAGUCAACCUUCUGACUCUGUUAAGCCCUACACAAACAUAGUUUGGACUCAGAAUACAGGCUUAAUUCAUGGGGUUCAGAACAGUAUUAAACACAGCCCGUUCCCAUGAAACCAGUUAUUAAUUACAUGUUACACGUUGAUCCUCAUUGUUGUGUAACAUCAACUAAAGCAAAUAGGAAAGUCUUAGACGCUCAAGAUGACCUGCAUAGAAUCAGAAAGUAAAGCCCAUCAGAUAUGAUUCAAACAAAACAAUGUGCUAAAGAUCUCGCUUCAGCAAGAUGUGAAAGCAUUUACCUCCAUACAAGAAAAACAUAUUCAGCAAUAGAGAUGCACCCAAUGGAACAGAGGGAACGUGCAGAAGUGCCCAUUGAGUCAAAUACACACAUUGAGGCCAACAGUAAGAAUAAACAAAUUUGACUUGGCACUUACUCUUCAAUGUCAUUUGGUUUGAAAUGGUCUUCCAUUAUUGUGUUCAGAUUAAGUGUCAUUAAACACCUUCACUUGCGUCAUUGUUACCCCAAGAAACCAAGAGGCCAAAAAUGUACAUCUGUUGUUUAGGUUCCAAGAAAACGGACAGGGUAAAAAACCUUUUGAUGAAAGCCAUGAAUUAUUUGGUGUCAUUCUUGUUAUCGAGGUCAAUGGAAUUGAAAGGGGGAACAGAUUCAGUUCAUGUACAGUGGGGCAAAAAAGUAUUUAGUGAGCCACCAAUUGUGCAAGUUCUCCCACUUAAAAAGAUGAGAGAGGCCUGUAAUUUUCAUCAUAGGUACACUUCAACUAUGACAGACAAAAUUAGAAAAAAAAUCCAGAAAUCACAUUGUAGGAUUUUUAAUGAAUUUAUUUGCAAACUAUGGUGGAAAAUAAGUAUUUGGUCAAUGACAAAAGUUUAUCUCAAUACUUUUUCGCCCCACUGUAAAUCCAUGAUAACGGACCUUUUAUCUGCUUAGGCUUCAGACCUCUUCAGCGGACACAUAAUAAAGCAAUGGAUAAUAUUAUAUUACAGUCAGUAGAUGGAUAAACCUUUAUUAUUACUGACAUCCACUUCCCUGUCCCAAAAUUAGGGAAGUACUGUCAGUGGUCAUAUUUACAGAGUAUACAUUAUUUGUUUGUUUGCAUGUAGUUCAUGACAAAAUGUCAAAGAAAAUAUAUUGCAUACAUACUUAUGCACCACAGCGAGCAAAGACGAGUAAGUAAGGCUAUAUUAGACCUGUAGAAAAGUACAGCAAUACAGUCAUGUGACUAACAUACUGGCAACACACAAGCAUUUCCCAGCUAAAAGCUAGUGUACCAGCCAACUCCAGUCUCCACUCAGUGAUUUUUGGAGACGAUUUCAGACUUUCACAAUAGCCCAAUUUGAGUAUGUUUUCGUUCAUUUUUCAUCAUGACUAUUUACAGACGUUACCUAGCAACCAGAGUGCAGAAUUCCCCCAUUUUCCCCACAUGAUUAAUAACCCAUUACAAACGUUAUCAAUGUAUUUAACCACUAAGCCUUUCCAGAUACUCUGAGAUGCUUCUUUACUCUGGUCAAAUUUCAUAUGAACUCUUGGAAGUGCUUGGGAAGUUGUCUGGACCAUAUUGUAUGUUUAUAUAGUGCCCAUGUUGUAUCUUAGCAUGGUGUCCUGUCUCUCUAUAUGAGAGGCCCCAGUGUCCCAUCAUACCAAACUCUGGCCAUGCCCAGGGCCAGCCAGCACUGACUGCAGUCUGAUUCCCAACUGUGUGUCUGUUUUAAUUGCGGGUUCUCAGAAGACUGAUGUGAAACAGUAUUUGUUGGGGAAUAUUUAACAUGGCUUCCCUCCCUUCAGGUGUGUGAUUGAAUGAGUGAUAUAAAUGUCUGACAGCCAAUGGGAAGUGUGGGAACCUUAUAGUAAGCAGUGAACAUGGGGAACUGGAUCUAGUAAAAUGGUCACCCUGGAAGACAUAGCAAAACAACAACUGGUCAUAAGUUCAUCAGCUUUCAGACACCCUGACAUGUUUUACGAGUUAACAUGAACUCAGUGACUUAGCAAUAAGCAAAAGAGAACAUUUCUGACUUAUAUAUAUAUAUAUGGGAACAGGGACUUAUUGUACAAUCAAACUAUUGCAUGUGUGUGUGUUAAUGUACUCUUUGCAAGCUAUUUCAGAACUUGGUACAGUAAAGCUUCAAACACUAAUGUACUGUAUUAUUGUGAAAUAAUGAAUUUAAUCAUUUGAUCAAAUGUCAUAAUUUGGAUAAAGCUCUGCCAUAUCGGUCUAUGGUUGAAGUCAGCUGUCAGCUGUGAUGCCUUACCCCUCCAACCUUCUUUCUCACACUCGUUUCCACUGUUUGAUUCAAACUGUAAGUGGCAUUGAUCAACACCAAUGGUAAGUGCUUUACCAGAGGUUGGAAACAGAUGACAACUACGCUUACUCACACGCUGUAUCCGAUGUCGCCUCUAAGUGUGUUAGCGGGGAGCUGGGCCGAGCAUAUACGUCAAGAUCUAAGGGACUGCAGAUGUGGGUUGAAGUCCUCCAAUGAGGGACAUGCCAAAAUGGUUUCUGGAGAGGGAGAGCCUUUAAAAGGACUCAUAUUAGUGUCCUCUCUCUCCUUCUCUUCCAGGAUUGUGGUCACAAUGAGUUUUACAGGAACUAAGAUCUCCUCCACUGUUGCGGUUGCCUCGGAUUACAUCCACCCUCCUUAAUGAGGGAAAACUGACCCUUCCGUCAACCAGUGAAGUCAUGCUGCUAU